AUGUCCGGCAAGAUUGACGCAUACGUUGACUGCGUAUCGCCAUAUUCAUACUAUGCAACACUAUAUCUGAGGAAGAACCGCAAGCUGCUUGAAUCGCACGGCGUUGAAGUCGAAUUUCACCCCGUCUUCUUAGGCGGUAUCAAUGUGGGCUCUGGGAACAAACCUCCUUGGACACUGCCUGCCAAAGCAAACUAUUCCAAGUUUGACUCAGAGCGAGCAUGUAAAUACUUCGGAGUUCCGCCAAUCAAAACCCCCGAGUUCUUCCCAAUCCUUUCGAUUAUGCCACAACGAUGCAUGAUUUACAUCAAGAGUCAAUUCCCACGCGAGAAAUUUGAAAACACCUUCCUCGCAUUGUGGGAAUGGAUGUUCUAUAAGAAUAUUGACAUCAGCAAGCCCGAGGCACUGGCUGAACUGUUUCAAAGCAAUGGGUACUCAGAUACCGAGAUCAAGGAAAUUUUGGCCGCGGCCUCGAGUCCAGAGUUCAAGCAGGCCUUGACGGCUAACACGCAAAAGGCCCUUGAUAAAGGCGCUUAUGGAGCGCCUUGGUUCUGGGUGCGCAAUGCUGAGGGCAAAGAAGAGCCUUUCUUUGGGAGUGACCGAUUUGCUUUUAUGUGGAUGUACCUCGGGUUGCCCUUUCAGGACGUUGCCAUCGUCGAGAAGUCCAAGCUUUAG